AUGGCUCAGUCUACUUUCGACACCCCGUUUGACCAGCUGGCGAACCCUAAGCAGGUUUGGAUGGGAAAGCCCGGAAGCUAUGAAGAGGGUCUCGGCAAGCUGGCUAUCCUCACCCCUGAAGUCGUUGCACGAGCGGCCGCUAGUGAGAUCAAAUGCGGUCGCCGCGUGACAAUGGGAUGGGAGCUGACGAAAUUGGAUUAUCCUAAUCUCAAUCGCCAGCCGUGCCAUCAUCAGAUCGUGCCUCUUUUGGGUGGUGUGGCAUUUGACGAUAUCUAUUCUAUGAACCCACAACAGAGUAGUCAGUGGGACGGACUUCGUCAUUUCUCGCAGACGGUCCCCGGACAGACUGAGCGGGUCUUCUACGGUGGAACGACCGUUGACGAAAUCAAUGAUCGACAGAAUGAUCGUAUUGGUCUUCAGCAUUGGGCACGCGAAGGCAUUGCAGGACGCGGAGUCUUGAUCGAUUAUGCGACAUGGGCCGAGAAAAGGGGAAUCAAGUAUAGCACAUUCUCCACCCAUCAAGUAAGUCUCUCGGACAUUCUGACAAUUGCCAAGGAGAGCAAUAUCACUUUCCAAAAGGGUGACAUUCUGUUUGUCCGCAUCGGUGUCACCAAAGAGUGGGACUCUGUUAUGACCGAUGUUCAAAAGCAAGCCUACUCGGACAAUUCCAAUCCAGAGCAUGCAGGGGUCGAGGCCACCGAAGACGUUCUCCGCUGGUUGUGGGACAGCGGAUUCGCGGCGAUUGCCAGCGAUGCAAUUAGCUGGGAGGUCUAUCCACCGCAAUCCCCAGACAUCUUCCUCCACGAGUACGUCCUUGCAGGAUGGGGCAUGCCGAUCGGGGAACUCUUCGAUCUGGAGGCGCUAGCACGAUCCUGCGAGGAACUGCAACGGUGGACCUUUUUCGUGACUUCCAUACCUUUGAACAUGCCUGGUGGAGUCUCGUCGCCUCCAAACGUGAUGGCCAUCUUCUAG